UUGAAAUCCCGGCAUCACAUAUGGUUCCCCGAGCCUGCCAGGAGCGAUUUAUGAGCGCAGAGCUAGGAGUAAGUAACCCCUGAGUGCCACCGGGCUCUCAGGCUGUGCAGUGAUUGCCCAAGUGCGGCUUAACAGACCCACGAGGCUGGGAAGGAAAGGCAUUUUCACCCGGGAGGUGUUCUUGUCCUACUUGCUUUCUUCCAAGGUGGCUUAGGUUGGCCCUUGGGUGGACCCCUCCUGCAGACCCAUGGCACACCGACUCCGGAUCCAGCUGCUGACCUGGGACGUGAAGGACACACUGCUCAGACUCCGCAGGCCGGUAGGGGAGGAAUAUGCUUCCAAGGCCCGGAGCCAUGGGCUGGAAGUGGAGGCCAAGGCCCUGGAUCCAGCCUUCCGCCAAGCUUACAAGGCUCAAAGCCUCCGCUUCCCCAAUUACGGCCUGAGUCAGGGCCUCACCUCCCGCCGCUGGUGGCUGGAUGUGGUCCUGCAAACCUUCCACCUAGCAGGGGUUGGGGAUGCCCAGGUGGUGACCCCCAUUGCAGAGCAGCUGUAUUCAGACUUCAGCAGUCCCUGCACCUGGCAGGUGUUGGAGGGGGCUGAGGCCACCCUGAAGGGGUGUCUUGAGCGGGGGCUGAGGCUGGGAGUGGUCUCCAACUUCGACCGGCGACUUGAAGACAUCCUGAUGGGGCUCGGCCUGCGGCAAUAUUUUGACUUUGUGCUGACCUCAGAGGCUGUCGGGUGUCCUAAGCCAGAUCCCCGCAUUUUUCACGAGGCCUUGCGGCUGGCCCAGGUGGACGCAGCAAUGGCAGCUCAUAUUGGGGAUAAUUACCGCUGCGAUUACCAGGGGCCACGGGCAGUGGGCAUGCACAGCUUCCUGGUGGUUGGCCCCGGGCCUGUGGACUCCUUGGUUAAGGCUUCUGUACCCCAAGAGCACACCCUUCCCUCCUUACCCCUUCUCUUGCCUGCCCUUGACCACUUGGAGGCCUCACUCCCCAGGAUUUGAGGAUGGACUCAAAAAAUGUAAGACAAGGGACCCUUUGUUUA